GCGAAUUCCUCGCCCGAUUAAACGACGCCUCCAUCUUGACUCCGGACGCGUAUUUUUCCUCCGAAUUUUUUCCCCAAAUAGGCAAAAGGCAAUGGCGUCAGCAUCAAGCACGAGCGCCAAGAAUCUGUUUGUCGACUCGAAAACUCGGCUGGCCGAGCGCGUGCAGGUGAACAUUAACAACAUGGGCUCCAUCUGCAGACAAGUGAACCGCGGCUCGCAGUCAGCCGAUAUGCUGACGCACUCGGCACGGAAUAUGGCUCUGCAGGAGCAUGCACUAAAGAAUGCUGAGGAUAAUCUGCAGAAGCUGAAUCUGUUGAUAACACACCUUGGCUACCAGCACGAUUCCAUCCAGCGUUCGGCUUAUGCUCUGGAGAAUGUGAAGGAACAGGUACGAGACAUGCAGCGAUAGUCCUGGGCAAGAGAGGAAUAUAAACAAAGAAUAAAUAUUUUUGGCAUUUGAAUAAAAAAAGGCAAAUAGUCAAGACUGAUUCAGUUGAUGAAAACGUUUCUUUUACAAAUAUAU